AGGGUAAACUACACAUGUGAGAGCAAGGCUCCUGUAGCGAGAUUGCGAGAACCAACGGAAAUGACAUCUUUAGCACAUCAGCUCAAGCGGUUGGCUCUGCCGCAGAAUAAUGCCAACCUGUUCACCAGGAAAGAGGUUGCUUCUCUACUCUUUGAUCCAAAAGAGGCUGCCAGAAUCGACAGAGACACUUUCUUUGCCUUGGGUUGUACAGGUCUGGAGGAACUGCUGGGAAUCGAUCUUGUAUUUGUGGAGUUCCAGGAGACACUCUUCAGCCAGGCCUCCAAGGGGCUGGAGCGCAGCGUUCAGUCCAAAGAAGUCAACCAGAAGCUGGACACUUCCAUCUCGUUGUUUCUGGUUCGCCUCUCGCCUUACUUCCUGCUGAAACCGGCUCAGAAGUGCAUCGAGUGGCUCAUCCACAGGUUCCACAUCCACCUCUAUAACCAAGAUAGCUUGAUAGCUUGUGCUCUGCCGUACCAUGAAACCAAACUGUUUGUAAGAGUUAUCCAACUUCUGGAUAUCAAGGAUCCUACUCAUCGAUGGAACUGGCUGCAUAGCCUCCAGGUUCCCGGAGUGCCACUGGCUAGAGGAACCCUCAUCACUCAUUGUUACAAAGAUCUGGGCUUUAUGGACUUCAUCUGCACGCUGGUUACUAAGUCAGUGAAGGCCUACGCAGAUUCGGGCGGAAGCUGUCCUCAGCUCCGUGUGAUUUUCUCCUUCUAUGCCUCCACCGUUGUUUCCGCGCUGGACGCGGUGGAGAAGGUCACAGACGCUCUGAUAGCCAAGCUACUGCCGUACAUCCAGAAGGGCCUGAAGUCGUCGCUGGUCGAUUACAAGGCUGCCACCUACAUGCUGGUGUGCCAGCUGGCGGUGAAGGUGGUCAUGGAGGCCCACCUCGUCGACACGCUCGCCGCGCAGAUCAGCAAGUCCAUCGUAAGGGUCCCUGCACUGCCCAGAGAGGGCUUGGGCUGCCUUAUCAUCCUGCUGCAGAACCAGAAGACGGAGGCUGUGGGGAAAAAAGCAUUUGGAUUCCUGUGUGCCACCCCCACCCUGGUCCCUACACUGAAGGACAUUGCGUCGACGUAUGACAUCAGCCCCUUGCUACGCUACCUUCUGCCUCGCCUAAUUCGCUGCGCAGUUACCACCAGUGGAGACGGAGCGUCUUCGGAGACGACAAACUACGGAAGCCUAAUGGGGUCUGUCCUUCAGGACCUCGCGCUCUCCAACGGCCUGGACAUCACUGUGGCAAAGCUCCUCCUUCAGGAGUACCUCUGCCAUGGUGCUCAGAGUCGACUCUCCGCAGAUGAAAUCUCUACCCUCAACCAGCUACUGACACCUCUGGUCCGAACGCUUGAGUCAAAGUACCCUGGCGCCCUGGGGGCCGUACUGGAAGGUCACCUGUGUGACACCUCCAGCCAGGAGGAACAAGAACUCUUCCACCAGUUCAUCUCCCUGUCGAUGAGUAGUGGGAAGUACAAGAUUUUGGCUGGCUCAGACACCUCCCUACUCCUCAGUCUGAAUCAUCACCUCCCCACCGUCCGGAACCUGGCACUCAAGCAUCUGAAGGAGAUCCUCCGUACAGGAAAGGAGGGAUUCGAUGAGGCGUUCCUGAGAGAGGCCGUGCUGGAACGUAUGAAGGAUGACGUCCCAGAGGUGGUGCUGUCGGCCAUGAAGGCUUUGAAGGCGAAUUAUGAGCUCCUUGGUACUGAGGACACAGUCUCCUGUUUGCUGUCUCUUCUCCAGCGUACAAAUAUUUCAGUGGCAGCAAACUGGUACCCCGUCCUGAAGGAGGCAGUGAAGCUCCUGGAUGACAGCCGUCUGUACGGAGGAGACCCCGCCCUGAAAGUCCGCCUGCAGAAGGAGCUCCUGCCCUUCCUGGUCGUCACCUGCCCCCACCCGGAACACCCUGAGCACCAGCUGUCCAGCCUUAUUGCCCGCUCCACCAUAAUGUCCCAGAACCCCCUCACGCGGGGUUACUCCGAAGUCUCGGAAGGGGUAAUGGCCGAAAGCCCAGACGUCAUCGGUGUGGCCAACCAGCAGCUUGUCUCCACGAUGAUCCGGAAUCUCUCGGUGAUGGACGCCACGUCCAAGCGCAGCUCUCUGGAGGGCCUGGCUGAGGUGGUCGGCAGCCUGCGUGGUAGCGUGAGGGAGCGAGCCGCCUUCCUCAUCCUGACCUUUGUGCUGGUGAAGGGCCUGGAUGGCCUUCCUGAGACGCAGCACCUCCACAAAGCCCAGAGGGUCUUCAGCCUGCUGGAGCCGCAGCUGCAGGAUCUCACGGCAUGGAACCUCAGUCAGGACAGGUCAUUCCAGCCGGCAGAGGAGCUAGACCUCACAAGCUUCCCCCCGUCGGACAGACUCCAGGACUACCUGGACCGGGUCCGAACCGGCGAUGCCGCGGAGCUCCAGCAGGGGGUGCUGCUAAUGGCUCUGCUCCAGGUCUACAUCUCCAACCUGAAGUGUGCCAUCUCCCCCUUAAAAGGAGAGACCUGGUGGAAUCCGGAGAAGCUCGACAACGCCACCUGCUGCUACCUCCGCCUGCUGAUCCGGCUGUUUGAGACCACUGUCACUGGGGCCCGCCGGGGGCCCUUAGCUGAGGGCUUCCAGUCCCUCAUGCUGAGCCUAAUUCAGGUUCACCUGAGCGAGCCUACCCAGCUGUUCCAGUUCCUGUCGCUGCUGUGGGGCUACGCAGAAAGCCUGAGCGACCAACUGGAAUGUGGGGUGACUGCAGUGCUGCAGACGCAGGCACUGUACGUGGGCCGUGCCCUGCUCUCCGCCCAGCCAGCGAAGACCAUCAAGCAGCUGGCCUCGGCCUCCUCCCCAGUUGUACCCUCCCUGCUAGCAUGCCUGGGCUCCCCAGUGCGGGAAGUGCGCCGGGCAGCCGCAGCCACUCUACAGACUUUCUUGGGGGUGGACAGCUCACCGUUUUACCGGGUCACCCAGAGUUUGCUGCGGGAGACGGAUGAGCUCGUCACGGACGCCUCCCACGUCAGCCAGGCGUUCGGUAAGAUGUACGCAGAGGCUGUGGUGGCGGGUGCCAAGGCCCAGGAGAGGAAGGUGGUGGCGUCUGUGGAUCAGAUCCUGCAGUGCCUGCAGACCUCGGACUGCCCAUCCUACACGGCCAAAGCCCUGUUGACGCUACUGAAGGAGGUCGAUGCGGAGUCCGUCCUAGAAGCCCUGCUUCCUGCCAUGGAACGACUGCUGGAUCUUUACGGGCCGGAGCCUCCCAGUUUCCUGAAGGAUGAGGCCGUGCUGCUGCAGCUUCUGCUGGGCAAGUUCACUGAGCGGGCAGCCCCCCUCCUGGCCCGGCACCAGAAGAGCCUGGAGGUCUUCAUCCGAGCCCUGGGCAUGUCCGUGGAGCCGUAUCCUGGCAUGGCCAGCUUCCAGGUCCUGGCCCUGGAGCAGAUUACCAAGCAGUUCUUUUCGGCCCUUGGGGACACGAAGGUCCAACAGAAACUCCUCGGGACGUUGUUCAACCUGCUGGUUGACUGCAAGAACCCGACCUGCGCCCAGACCAUCAGUAACGUCUUCAAAACGAUUACAGUGGAUGCGGAGCUGGUUGCUGCGGAGCUGGCCCCGGCAGACAGGCCCAAGGUGUCCAGCACCGUACAGCAGACCCGCAGGAGCAAGAUGCAGCAGCGGAAGGGCCAGGACACUGUUCCAUGUCCACCAGAAGGGGGCGCCGCUGUGCCUUGGGAGAGGGUGACGCUCAUCUUGGAGAUGCUCCAGCACAAGAAGAAGCUGCGGAGGCCCCAGCUGCUGGUCUCCGCCCUCUUCGCCCUCCUAUCCAGGUCUCUGGAGCCGGUUCAUUCGGACCAAGGGAACAUGGAGUACACCAAACAGCUCAUCCUCAGCUGCCUGCUCAGCAUAUGCCAGAAGCUAUCCGCAGAGGGCAGCAAAGAACUGCUGGAGGAGGAGAAGUUCAGUGUGGAGCUAGUGGUCCAGUGUGUGAGGAGCUCCAACGUGCCUCAGACCCACCACCAAGCCCUGCUGCUGCUCGGCGUUGUGGCCGAGAUCUUCCCGGAGAAGGUCCUUCACAACAUCAUGUCCAUCUUCACCUUCAUGGGCGCGAACCUCAUGCGGCUGGAUGAUGCCUAUAGUUUCCAGGUCAUUAACAAGACGGUCCAGACAGUCAUCCCUGCCCUCAUAAAGGCUCAGGAGGGUGGGGCUUCAGCGUCUGCGGCUCAGGUGGAGCUGGUGGUGGUGCGCGUGAUGCACGUCUUCGUGGACGCCCUGCCCCACGUGCCCGAGCACCGGCGGCAGCCUGUACUGGCACAGCUGGUGACCACGCUGGGCCCCGGCCGGUUCCUCUGGCUGCUGCUGAUGCUGCUGUUCGAGCAGCACGUCUCGCGGGCCCCUCCUGCCGAAGCGGAUGUCGACAAGGUGAGCCCGGUCUCCCAGGAAGCUGUUCUGGAGAGGGAUGUGGAAUUCUGGAUAUCUGUGAGCUGUGAGUUUGACGCCCUGGAUCAGCUCACUUCGCUCAUCAAGAUCCUCCGGUACCUGAGUAUGCUGCCCCAGGACAAGGAUGAGGAUGAAAGGAAGACGAAGACUCCGCGCAGAGGGCAGAAGAAGGAGAGCGUGGAGACCCUGCUCUUCAACACGGACACGCACAGUGGCAAGGAGCUGCGUCACUACAAGUUCCUCUCCGUGUCUUUCAUGGCCCAGCUGCUGGCCUCACACAGCUUCGUGAGCAAGGUGGUCGACUGUAGUAACGCACCACACGGAACCCAGCAUCUCCAGCAAAGCCUCCUGGAGGAGAUUCUGAGCUACAUCAACAACGUGGCUCAGUGCGUGGAGGCCAACUCUGAUAAACCCACAGCUAAAUUUUGGAGGGCGCUGCUCAACAAGUCCUACGACGUUUUGGACAAGGUGAACGCCUUGCUGCCCACCGACACCUUCAUCCCAGUGAUGAGGGGGCUGAUGGGUAAUAAGCUGCCCUCUGUGCGACGAAAGGCCAUGGAUCUUCUAAACAACAAGUUGCUACAGAAGACUCCAUGGGAAGAUGAGCAGGUCCAAGUUCUCCUGGGGCUAACCGAUGACCUGCUGGCCAUCGCUGGCCGAGGCCGGCGUGAGGAAGAGACCGAGGAGGACGAGCAGGCCAUCAACAGGCAGACCGCGCUCUACAGCCUUAAGCUGCUGUGUCGCAGUUUCGGCUCUGCCCACCAGGCGGCCUUCGUACCUGUGCUGUCCUUUGCGGUGGAGCUUGUCGCCUCUCCUACUGAGGAUCGGAAUGUCAUGGGCAGCGCCUUGCUCUGCGUAGCCGAGGUUACCAGCGCACUGAAGGCCCUGGCAGUUCCUCACCUACCAAGAUUGAUGCCAGCCGUACUGCAGACCCUGAAGGAGAGGAAGGAGCUGCUCACCAGCGAGGUGUACCUCCUGAGCGCCGUGACGGCACUCCAGCGUGUGGCUGAGACGCUGCCCCACUUCCUGAGCCCCUACCUGCAGGACACACUGCUGCAGGUGGCCCGCCUCGUGCGAGUGACAGAGCGAGGGACGGUGUCCCCGCAGCUGGUGGUGCGCCUGGGCUCACUGAGGACCACGCUCGCCACUAAGGUGCCCCCAAGGGUCCUCCUGCCUGUCGUCACCAAGUGCUACUCCCAGGCAGUUGAAUCCCAGCAGAGUCGGCUGGUGCCCCUGGUGGACAUCCUCAAGGAGCACAUCUCACACAUGGAGAAGGAGCAGCUGACCGCCCACCAGAGCGAGCUGACCUCCUUCUUCCUCAGCGCCCUGGAUUUCCGGGCUCAGCAUUGCCAGGCCAACCUGGAGAAGGCGAAUGAGACGGAGGGUUGUGUGAUCAGCUGCCUUCUGGUCAUGGUCCUGAAGCUCUCCGAAGUCACCUUCAGACCCCUGUUCUUCAAGCUGUUCGACUGGUGCAGGAUGGAGGGAGCCUCCCGGGAUAGGGUGCUGACCUUUUGCCGUCUGGCUGACUGCAUCGCUGACCGGCUGAAGGGGCUCUUCGUCCUCUUCGCUGGGCAUCUGGUCAAGCCAUUUUCCGACUUCCUCAACCAGACCAACGUGGCUAAGACAGACGAGGCAUUUUUCGACUCUGACGACGGCGUGGAGAAGUGCUGCUUGCUCCUGCAAUGGGUGCUGGACUGCCUGCAGAAGAUCUUCCUGUAUGACACGCAGCGUUUCGUCACCAAGGAGCGGGCGGAUGCGCUCAUGACGCCGCUGGUCGACCAGCUGGAGAACACGCUGGGAGGAGAAGAGAACUACCAGAGACGGGUCACGCAGCAGCUGGUGCCCUGUGUCGCCCAGUUCUCCGUAGCCGUGGGAGAUGACGCCCAGUGGAAGACUCUAAACUACCAGAUCCUUCUGAAGACGCGACACAGCUCAGCCAAGGUCAGGUACUCUGCUCUGCUCAUGCUGCUGGAGCUCGCCAGCAAACUCCGUGAGAACUACAUGGUUCUGCUGCCCGAGACCAUCCCGUUCCUGGCCGAGCUGAUGGAAGACGAGUGCGAGGAGGUGGAACAUCAGGUGCAGAAGGUUAUCCGUGAGAUGGAGGUCAUCCUGGGCGAACCUCUGCAGAGCUACUUCUGACCGUGACACCAGAGCCGUAGCUGCAGUUGUUUCAGCCAUUUAUCCAUGAAUCGCUCCCCGGAUACGGGUGUCAGGCCCGGCCAUGAAGUCACCCUUUGCGAUCAGUGCAGAUACACGAAACCAAAAUGAUCUGAUUUGUACAGGUUUGCCAGUCAUAUACCAAUGAUUGUGCUCGGAUAUGAAGUGUAACUUCUUUUUUUUUUACUUUAAAAUAGUAAAGAAACUUUUUCAGAAAAUGUUGUGUCCAUUAUUCUUUUGUAUAGCCAAUACACAACUCAACCUAGUAACUGAGAACAUUAAUUAUGUCUUUGCACACUGCUACCCUUAAAAUUAAACUUUAUCUACUAAA